GACACGAGGGCAGGCACUGGGAGCGGACGGAAUCCCGGAUUUGUUUUUUUUUUUGUUUUUUUUCAAAUUUCCCACCGAAGACGCGACUCUGUUUCUCAGACUCUGAAACUUUAUAGGCCUGUAAAAGUUUGGUAAAUUUAACCAACGUGACGACCGGUGUUCAUGUGACGAGUUUCGUAUUUCGUAGCCCGCUCAGCGCGAGAGGCUACUCAGGUGUACAGCUCCACCAGGAAGAAGUUUGUGCCUUAUUUUAUUCUUCCUACCACAUAAUUCACCGAGCUGGUAGGAAACUUUUUUUUUUUUUUUUGGUCCAGUAUCCCCACGUUUCUACUUGGUUUCGCUUUCCUUUCAGUUUGUCGGACUUAAAAAUCUCGAGUGGCCAAGUUUGCUCAGGCUGCUAUUCUAGGCGCUCUCCUGGAGCCCUGAUGAGACACAAGCUUCCACUCCCUACGGAGGCUUAUACUGUGCCAGGAUGGAUGAGGCGGAGAAGUACAAACAGCGGCUGGAGGCCAUUGCUGAGAAGCGUCGGCAGCAGGAUGAGGAGGACAGAGUCAGGAGAGAGCUGGAGGAUGAGAAGCUCAGACUACAGCAGCUCAAGAGGAAGUCGUUGAGGGACCAGUGGCUGAUGGAAGGAGCUCCCUUGUCGCCAGCCCCCCUGGAUGCCCAGAGCCCUCGCUCCCCUCUGUGGGGCUCCCAGGCCCAGGAGAUCGAAAAGCACAUUGACAAGUUGCAGUCGGAGAGUCAGCGGUUGGCAGAGGAGAAGGAACAGAUGGAGGAUGGCCAAGCGCAGGAGGCAGUGAAAGUGGCAGAGUUUGGAGCAGAAAUGGUCCAAGAUGUUGUUGUGCAGAACGGAGAAAAUAAUGCCACAGCAUCAGAAACAAGUGAGGAUGAAGUGAAGACAAACAAAAGCCCGCUACUGGAUGAAACUGCAGUUGUCUUAACCAAUGGUGGAGGAGACUUAGAAGCAGUCACCGGUCACGAGGCUUCAGAUCAGAGUGUUCAGUCCAACACCAACGGACCCAUCGGCGCUACUGAGGGUGUUGUUAGCAUGAACUUGAAACCUGGUUUGAGUGAGCUUGGUGUUUCUGAGGCAGAGCCUGGUCAUGUUACAGAUGUCAACAUUAAUGAGGGGGAAGAAGAAGAAGGAACUCUGGUGAUAAGAGCGGAAUGUGUGAUCAUCACAGAUGAAGGGGAUGAUGUACCCGAGAAUCUUACACCCCAGGAAGAUCAGCAGGAGACCAUCCAGUCAAAGGAAACCCUGCCAAAUCAAGACGCAGGCAAAGAGGAAGGGGAGGCAGCGGAGGGGGUAAUAGAGGCAGAAGCAGCUCCAGAAACAACAGAAGCAACUUUUGCACAACCAGCGAAGAGUGAUGCAACUGAAGCCACUGCAGAGGCACAAACAGCAACUGGAAAUGAAGAUGUGAAAGACGACAGACAGACAAAUGAAAACAGAGAUGGAGAAACAAAAGCUGAAGGACAGGAUAAACAAGAUCCAGCCUCUGUGCAACUGCAGUCCCCAGCUGCUGCUGUAGAAGGCAUUACAGUGGCUUCAGUGCCAGUCUACUCUGGGGCAGAACCCUCCUCUCUCACCCUAAAGGCUGAGGAUGAAGCUGCAACGUCACCAGAGGGAGCUGAGGCAGCAUCAAAAGCCGAAGAUCCCGCCACCACGCCUGACCAGUUUCAGGAGGUGUCCCUGUCUGAUCCCCAAGAGAACCAGAGGACAGAGGCAGCACCGGGGGAGCAGGAGCCCCUUCUGUCACAGGCCAAGGUCCCCAACACUCAAGUAGAGCCAGCAGCAGCUAACAGCCCAACCAACACAGAGACACACAGCCCAACCAGGGCAAGCCAGGGUGAGGAGACUGAGGCACCCAAACGCAAAACCUGCCAGUGCUGCUCUGUCAUGUAAACACCCUGUCCCUGUACGUUAAUUUCCUCUCCCCCUCUCAGUUUGCCAGUAUCCUUCAGUCUGUCUCUCUGCUGUUCAGUUCAUAACACACUCCACCCCCCUCCUCUCUUUGUUUUACGCACCCAUCCCUUUUGGAAUCCUGAUGUCCACGGGCUACUUCCCUUCCCUCCCCUGCACACUGCCAACAUUCCUUGUAUUUAUCUUGAAACUUCCUCAUCCCACUCUUGAGCCUUGAUACUCCUAGAGGAAGUAAGCUCUCUCCAACAUGAAAACAGGGGGAGGUAAAGCCUGGACUUGUCUGCGGUGUUUUAAGUGCCUUGAGGAGUUCGCCACCCAGGACUACACUGUUAAAUUCUCUUCACACAACGUUUGAGUUUGAUUUAAUUUUUUUGGUUAGCAGACAAGCCAGCCAAGCAACAUAGGUUCAUAAAACCCACGAUUUAGAUGCAGUUAAGCAAAAAAAACAAACAAACAAAAAAAAAAAAGGAUUAAAUUGUUGUAUCUACAUGUAUAAUUCGUCAGGUAUUUUUCAUAAUCUAAAUAUGAGAUUUAACUGGAAAAGUCCAAAGACCUUGAGAGGUUCACAGAGGAUAUUGUUCUAAUUUAAGGACUUUAAAGCUGAAUUAUUUUACUGAUUUUGGUCUUUUAUUAGAGAUAUUUUAAUCCAAUUAUAGGACCUGAACAUUUUUAUUCACUUUGUAACACUGGUUGUGACAAUAUACAAACUAAUAGUAUGAAAUGGUCAAAUUUAUGAGUGGGCCACUGUCAGUUUUAAAAGAGAAAUUAUUUUAAAAUGCCUGAAAGUAUGAUUUUUUUUUUUUUUACCUAAAGCUUUUGAAUAGUUAGUGCAGAGCUCCUGACACAGCUCUGUGCAUGGAUGUAUAUAGUGUAUACAGAAGGCAUAAGGAAAUAAGAGUGUUACAGAUGUCAGUUUUGAAUUGGUUGAUGAAUGGUUUAAUGAUUAAACUGAUGUUUGUCUUACAAAGCUUCACAUACUGGAUGUUCUUCCAGCAUUCCUGCUCCUCAAACAGUGGAGUUUCCCCAAACCACAACAUUGCUUCAUGCAAAAGAAAAACACUGGAUGAUGUUUAACCAUUUGUUUCAGCGGUGUGAGAUCCAAACUGAAGAUCUGUCUUGAAAUUUCAAGUCAGUGUUACUCAGUACCUAAUAUAAAGCACCUCCACUCUCAAAGGAGAUUCAAUCUGAGGGUUAGGGUUACAUGUCCACAUGGACUCUGUAAGACACCACAAAGAGUCAGUGUUCUCCGACAAUGUAAGCUAAAGAUUCAGUGGACGAAAUGAUCUCACCGUCGGUGACAAGCAUGUGUACUCUUCACAAACUCCUUAACUCAAGCUGUGUAAAAGCUUUUGAAAAAUGAAUCAUUUGUUUACAUUACAGCAGGAUUGUGCAGGUUGAUGCACAAUCGGCUUUAAUUGUGCUACAUUUUACCCUAACAUAAAGAGGGUGACUAGCAAGGAUCCGACAGAGAUUCUGCAAACGGAGCAGGAUCACAGAGACUGAGCUCACAGUGGGAUGUUCCUGGUGUUCCCUGCAACGUGUCUCAAAAAGACUCCUCCACUUAUGCAUGUAUAUGAUGCUUGUCCAAGCUGCCUGAGGUCCCAGCAGUGUCACUGCCAGCUCUUUUGGUAGUUCCAUGUUUGACAGCAGGGCCCUCUCAAGGGCCAGACCAGAGCCUGAGUCCUUGGGGGGAAGGGGAUGUAGCAGUAUGUCCUGUAACUGUGAAAAAAAAAGUCCUACUGAGCUGAGAACUCCCCGGGGGGUCUUGUCCAACAACAAUGGGAUUUCAGAGAAUCAGUGCAUGUGAAGCCAGUACAUCUCUAAAAGACAAGAGGCAGAUAAUCAUUAAGCUGCUCUCGUAAAAAGAAAAUGAUCAGUGAGGGUUUGAUGUAUACUGCCUCACAGUUUGUCUUAAAUGAACUGUCCACUAUCACAUGUGUCUCCACUUGGUUAAACAUAUCACCGAGUGUUCAGAUAGUCUUGACGCACUGGAAAACUUGCGAUUGAUAUCCAGGUUCAGUAGCUUUUUCCUGAUGAUGAGUAGGAACUAGUUUGUACUAUGAGAACACAAGACCUGGAAAGUAUUUGCAGAUGACAGAUUGGGACAAAGUUUUUUUCUAUUUAAUGUUUCAAUUAGGAGUAACUGAAGACUCUUUAAAAAGGUUAUGUGCUUAUCAACUGAACACAGCAUUGCAAAGCGCAAAGAAACUACCAAAAACAAUCACAAAGGUCACAACCCUGCAGAGAGGCAUUCACUCUUAAUCUCUUUGAUCAACCAAGCAGAGAAAUACUAAUGAUAUUUAUACUAUCAGUUUAUCUGCUUAUGUAUAGAUAUGGGUGUCUAAUUGCGAGCAUAAAGCCAUGAAUCUAAAGGAGCAGAUUGUGUGCACUGUUGCAGCAAUGAUACUGGUGUUUUGGCUGCUGGCAAGAGCUGGAGAGUGACAUUUAAAUCCCCGAUUCACUGAAUUAUUCCACUGAAAACUGACUAUUCCCAGAAAUUGUCCUUUGCUGUUUCAACACUGCAAAAACAGUGUUGGGUUAUUGUGAAACUGGAACUUUCUGAUACGCAAUUUCACCAUGAAACCAAAUCAUUUUAGUUCAAAAUGACUUUGCAGAUAUCUUCAAUGAAUUCAAGCGAGUGCAUCAGGGUUUAUAGUGAUUUCAGCAUAUACACUGUAAAUAUAUAUGUGAAUAUAUCAACUCUCUUAAGAGUUUUUUCUUUUUUUUUUUUUGCCUGCGGUUUACGAUAUCUGAGUUACAGUGAACCCACCCCCCAUGCAGUACAAGUAAGAAAAGUUCCACUUAAAUAAUCAGAAAUCACAGUAUUCAAAUAAUUUGUGUUUUAUUAUCAUUGAGAGCAGAGUUUAACUAAGGGCAGAGUUGAACUCUGCUCUCUUUAGUGUUGUGAAAUUGGACUUCUCUCAUGAAACUAUAAAACCAGAAGAGCCACUAUAUUGGCAAAACUUUCAGACAGACACUGCGGUGCACCUGAGUCUACAUGUGCAGUCAUAUGAUUUCAGCGUACAGAAACAUGUUUGCUGUGUGGGCCGUUGCUGUCCUCUGCUUGGUGCCAGUGUGCCAUUCAGCUCCUCUGGCCUGUGACGACUUGGUCCAGACCUUGGAUCAACUGGAUCCUCGUGAUUUGGAGGGAAGAUGGGUUAUGGUUGCAGGCAGCCUGAAAAUCAUUGAAGCUCCAAGGUUUCCCAAAGACAGUGACAGCAUACGUAUUGAUUUCUACAACUCAACAUACACGCAAGCCAGUCGUGUUGAUGGCAAGUGCUACACUUAUUCCCUGAACGCCUCAAUACAAGGCCACAGGUUCAGGGUGGAGCUUCCAGGGAUAUUUAACUUCAAUGGGACCUUCUUCCAUACGUCCUGUCCAGACUGUGUUUUGUUUAAAAUGUCCGUGGAUUCACCAGAUUAUAAAUCAGUGGAGCUGUACCUCUUCAGCAAAAGGAGGGAGGUGACCCAGACGGAGAUGCAGGAGUUCAUUGCUCAAGUGGAGUGUCUGAAAAUGCCUAAACAUUUUGUGAUGGAUCCUACCAAGGAGCUUUGUCCAGACCGGAUCAGUGCAGCAGCUCUGACUGAAACAAAGGAUUAGGCUGUGGUUCAUGAUAUCUGCUCAUAGUGUGUAAAAUGGAACAGAAAACAUGGCAUGUCUUAAGUCUUAUCCUUCCUGCUGUUCCAGGAAAUUGAGAUAACCCAAUAAAAUAAAGAUUAAAUAAGCAAAAA